AUGUACGCGUACUACUUCGACCACGAUCAACCGAUAUAUCAUCGUUACACGAGCAACAACAAUCGAUGGAGUGAAGAAUAUGAGCAAGUGUCAACAAUGCACGAACCAGCUUCCGAUUGCUUCGGGAGCGAUGUUGAAUCGGUCCAAAUCCCCGCUGCUAUGGUCAGUGAUCAAGAGUCAAAAUAUUAUGUCAAUACCAUCGAUCAAUCUGUUGGCAAAAACGGUAACAGUGCCCUAGACAUAAGUAAACUAGUAUCGCAGUCUAGUCAAGGAGUCUUGUCCGAAGAAGUAAUCAAACUGUUAAACAAAGUGAUAGAGCAAAACAACGACUUGACAAAAUUUUCUCAGCUGCUGGACCAACUGAAGCAAUCAAACAAUCUGGAUCUUUAUAAUAAUAUGCUGCCGGCACUGCCAGAACUUAUUGGUACACUGCAGGAUUUGGUUACGCUCAAUUUGAGUCACAAUAAGCUGACCGAGCUACCAGACAGUUUGAGUGCAUUGAAGAAUCUUGAGACAUUAGAUUUAAGUAACAAUCAAUUGGAAACUUUGCCCAAUUCUUAUGGUGAUUUGAAAAAACUAAAAACACUCGACUUGUCAAAUAAUAGUUUUAAGAUCAUUCCUAAGUGUAUCAGGGAUGGAAUGAUCACGCUAAAAGCUUUGGAUAUCUCACAAAAUUUGAAUAUUAGGAUGAACAUAAUACCGUGCACAAAAAAUUUGGAAAAAUUUCAUGCCAAAAGCAAUGGAAAUUGCAAUAAAUUCCCCGAUUGGGUGAUCACGCCAAAAUUUUUUAAACUGAACGAUGUCGAUUUAAGUCGAACAAAGUUUGAUGUGUACAGUUUUGUAGGUAAGGAAGGAUUUUUGAAUAUCAAGUCGCUCUCGAUGACAUGUUCGAAUUUAUCAAAUACAGUGUUGGACAUGAUGAUAGAAAACAUGGUGUGCCUUGAAAAAAUGAACGUUAGUAACGAAGAAGACGUUAUGGGUAUCUCGGGAAAUAUUUUUAAUGAAAUGCCUACCCAACUGUUAAAGAACACACAGACAAUGACAGAACUAAAUUUUCGAGCCACUAGCCUUCCUUCUGUGACACCCAAGAUUAAUCAGCUGGUCAAUUUAAAGAAACUUGAUGUUGGUUUUAAUUGCUUGAUGUGGUUACCAGAAGAAAUUUGUGCUUUAGAAAAUUUAGAAUGUUUGAUUGUUGAUGGAAAUAGUUUAUUUAUGCUACCAGAAAAUAUUGGGAAUUUAAAAUCUCUUAAGGAAUUGAAAGCAAACAACAACGCUUUAGCGAGAUUACCGAAAACUUUUGAAAAAUUGAGGGUUUUAAGAUGGAUUGAUCUUUAUGAUAAUAAAUUAGAAAAGUUUCCUUGUGAACUUCUGAAAAUGUCUAAUUUGCAAGGAUUGGACGUUGAGCAAAACUUUUUCUCAACGGAUUGCAUUAAACUGGGAGACAAACCAUACUCUGAGCUGUACAACACUUACUUAGCUUAUCACAAAGAAAACUCAAAAUUUAUGUUUGAUGAAAGAAUUAAAAGUUAUAAAAAGUGCGAGUCAAUCAAAAGUGACAAGUCAAUUCCUUCAGACAAAUUUUGGUCUCAAAGCAGCGAUGAUGAUGCCAGCGAAAAAAAUUUCAAAAAUACAAAUGUUGAUUCCGAUAACGAUUGGGAUAAGAAAAAUGACACGGAUGAUGAAUUUGAUCCUCAAGAUCCCAAAAUUGUGUAUGACAAUGGAAAGUCUAAAAAUUACAUGUAUCAAAAACCUCAAGGUUUUUGUCCAGAAGAUCUUCAUUUAAAAAGAAUUAAAGCCGAAGUAGCAUCCAUGCGAGUUUAUGGUUCACUACAAACAUUUAAAAUACAAGAAGGACAGUUUGAUGAUGCGUGAGAAGUCUUGUUUUCUUCGGUUUUAAUGUAUGCCAAUUAGUUGUGCACUGCCAAUAUUACAGUUGAAUAAGCGUAAUGUAAUUAUAAUUAGUACAAAAAGUUUUAGUUCCUACUGUUUUACUGUAGUGCAAUUCAAUCUAAUCAUGUCUGUGUAAAACACAACCCUGUAAAAACAAUCAAUUGUUAUAUUGUUAAAAUGCUUUAUUCAAAUGAAGCCGUGCCUAAGAGAAGAUUUGAAAAGCGAUAUUAAA